AUGAAGGACAUUGAUCAAAGAUGGACAACAGCCCAUUAUACAACCAAUCUGCCCUAUAUAGAAAAGUCAGAUUCGCCCGAUACUUUACAGCCACUGUACAACCAAUAUCUGCCCUAUAUAGAAUUGUCAGAUUCACCCGAUACUUUACAGCCACUGUACAACCAAUAUCUGCCCUAUAUAGAAUUGUCAGAUUCACCCGAUACUUUACAGCCACUGUACAACCAAUAUCUGCCCUAUAUAGAAUUGUCAGAUUCACCCGAUACUUUACAGCCACUGUACAACCAAUAUCUGCCCUAUAUAGAAUUGUCAGAUUCACCCGAUACUUUACAGCCACUGUACAACCAAUAUCUGCCCUAUAUAGAAUUGUCAGAUUCACCCGAUACUUUACAGCCACUGUACAACCAAUAUCUGCCCUAUAUAGAAUUGUCAGAUUCACCCGAUACUUUACAGCCACUGUACAACCAAUAUCUGCCCUAUAUAGAAUUGUCAGAUUCACCCGAUACUUUACAGCCACUGUACAACCAAUAUCUGCCCUAUAUAGAAUUGUCAGAUUCACCCGAUACUUUACAGCCACUGUACAACCAAUAUCUGCCCUAUAUAGAAUUGUCAGAUUCACCCGAUACUUUACAGCCACUGUACAACCAAUAUCUGCCCUAUAUAGAAUUGUCAGAUUCACCCGAUACUUUACAGCCACUGUACAACCAAUAUCUGCCCUAUAUAGAAUUGUCAGAUUCACCCGAUACUUUACAGCCACUGUACAACCAAUAUCUGCCCUAUAUAGAAUUGUCAGAUUCACCCGAUACUUUACAGCCACUGUACAACCAAUAUCUGCCCUAUAUAGAAUUGUCAGAUUCACCCGAUACUUUACAGCCACUGUACAACCAAUAUCUGCCCUAUAUAGAAUUGUCAGAUUCACCCGAUACUUUACAGCCACUGUACAACCAAUAUCUGCCCUAUAUAGAAUUGUCAGAUUCACCCGAUACUUUACAGCCACUGUACAACCAAUAUCUGCCCUAUAUAGAAUUGUCAGAUUCACCCGAUACUUUACAGCCACUGUACAACCAAUAUCUGCCCUAUAUAGAAUUGUCAGAUUCACCCGAUACUUUACAGCCACUGUACAACCAAUAUCUGCCCUAUAUAGAAUUGUCAGAUUCACCCGAUACUUUACAGCCACUGUACAACCAAUAUCUGCCCUAUAUAGAAUUGUCAGAUUCACCCGAUACUUUACAGCCACUGUACAACCAAUAUCUGCCCUAUAUAGAAUUGUCAGAUUCACCCGAUACUUUACAGCCACUGUACAACCAAUAUCUGCCCUAUAUAGAAUUGUCAGAUUCACCCGAUACUUUACAGCCACUGUACAACCAAUAUCUGCCCUAUAUAGAAUUGUCAGAUUCACCCGAUACUUUACAGCCACUGUACAACCAAUAUCUGCCCUAUAUAGAAUUGUCAGAUUCACCCGAUACUUUACAGCCACUGUACAACCAAUAUCUGCCCUAUAUAGAAUUGUCAGAUUCACCCGAUACUUUACAGCCACUGUACAACCAAUAUCUGCCCUAUAUAGAAUUGUCAGAUUCACCCGAUACUUUACAGCCACUGUACAACCAAUAUCUGCCCUAUAUAGAAUUGUCAGAUUCACCCGAUACUUUACAGCCACUGUACAACCAAUAUCUGCCCUAUAUAGAAUUGUCAGAUUCACCCGAUACUUUACAGCCACUGUACAACCAAUAUCUGCCCUAUAUAGAAUUGUCAGAUUCACCCGAUACUUUACAGCCACUGUACAACCAAUAUCUGCCCUAUAUAGAAUUGUCAGAUUCACCCGAUACUUUACAGCCACUGUACAACCAAUAUCUGCCCUAUAUAGAAUUGUCAGAUUCACCCGAUACUUUACAGCCACUGUACAACCAAUAUCUGCCCUAUAUAGAAUUGUCAGAUUCACCCGAUACUUUACAGCCAUUGUGCAACCAAUAUCGGCCCUAUGAAGAAUUGUCUAGAGUGCCUUGA